CUGCUACUGUGCAUAGGAGCCUCUGAAGAGCCGAGAGAGAGAGAGAGAGUGGAGGACAGCUCAGAGAUACUGGAGCAGCUCAACAACUACAGUUUAUUGACAACGGGAUGAAAAGAAAGAAAGAGGCCCCCAGGAAGCCAGACGGCGCCGGGCUGGCGACAGUGGGGCAGACAGAGGGCCGGACGCAGGGCGGGGGGAGCACGGCGGCGAGGGAGGCUGUGAUCGGAGGAUCGGCGGCGGGCUGGUGGAAGAUGUCUGCGGGGGGCAGCGGGGGGUCCGCGGCAGAGGAGGGCCCAAUCGGAAUCCCGUUCCCAGACCACAGCGGUGAGAUCCUGGGCGGGCUGAACGAGCAGCGGCGCAGCGGGGCGCUGUGUGACCUGCUCCUCGUGGCGCAGGGGUGUGAGUUCCCCGCUCACCGCUCUGUGCUUGCCGCCUGCAGCCCGUACUUCCACAAGCUCUUCACCUCGGGGCCCGCCGCGGACCAGCAGAGUGUCUACGGGAUCGACUUCGUGAGUCCAGGGGCCCUGGCCUCUCUCUUGGACUUCGCCUACACCGCCACCCUCACCCUCAAUGCAACCAACGUGGGCGAGGUCCUGAGCGCCUCACGCCUCCUCGAGAUCCGGCCUGUGAGGGAGGUCUGCUGCCACCUGCUGGAGACCAAGGUGCUCAGCACACAGGUACCGUUUCACCCCCCCCCCCCAACCGGGCGAGGCUCGCUCCCACGAGAGGAAAGGACCUGGGGGGGCUUCAUUUGAGGGGCCGCUGUGAUACCAGCGAUUUAUAUUUCUUUAAACACAUAAACGUAAUGUAACCAGCUCUGAGCAAACAUUGACUUUAUCACUUCAAGAGGAGUUUAAAAACAGUCCAGAAUCUGACAAAAUGACACCCUCGUCCCGCCCCCUAGGUCCUUGGGAACUGUAACCACAGUAGCUAAAGGUUGUCGAUUUGCUGCAUUGUCGGGUGAGCAGUUAACAGAUGCAUCUCAUCACAUACUGAGAGAGCGCUCACAAGCCUCUGAAUCAAGUGUCUGAAUCGUUUCUUUCUGGUCUGGCUGUUUUAUCUGGUGGCGUUUCCUUCACUUUUCAGCUGGUGUCUGCAUUGAUUACACCAGAGAAGGGACCGGAGAAACAUCGACCAGGUCACUCCA